AUGGCCUUCCCAUCUCCCUCCCAACGCCUGUUCUACAAGAUUGGGGAGUGGGGGGGGGGGGUGGGGGGGGGGGGGGGGGGGGGGGGGGGGGGGGGGGGGGGGGGGGGGGGGGGGGGUGGGGGGGGUAACAGCGACGGGGGGAUCCUGGGCAACUCUGGCCUUUGUAACGGCCCCUGCGGGGAAGGAACUCGCUCGCGGCUCGCUCCUGUCCAGUGCCGGCCAGCGCCGGACCACAGAGGGCCCCAGCCCCGAUAG